AUGAUCGCUUUGCUGCUGCUGGCUCUGGUCGCUCACUCCACUGCUCUGCCUCUGCAGUCUGGGGACAAAGACAACUGGCUCUUAGCAGAGAAGUACCUCCGUCGGUUCUAUGGCCUUCCAGCCGGUCUCCAAGGUCGACAGAGAUCGUCAGGUCCCUUUGAGACUAAGAUGGAAGAGAUGCAGAGAUUCUUCAAACUCAAGGUGACAGGGAAACUGGACGACAACACUUUGGAGCUGAUGAAGCAGGCCAGAUGUGGCGUCCCUGACAUCGGGGAGUACAACCACUUCCCUCGACACCCCAAAUGGCCAAACAACAACAUCACAUUCAGAAUUGUGAAUUAUACACCCGAUCUGAAGAAGUCUGAUGUAGACAGAGCCAUCCGCAAUGCGCUGAACGUUUGGACUGAUGUCACCCCUCUGACCUUUAAGAAGCUGCACGAGGGCAUUGCUGACAUCAUGAUCAGUUUUGGAUCAAAAGAGCAUGGAGACUACAAUCCUUUUGACGGGCCUAAUGGAUUGCUCGCUCAUGCCUACCCACCUGGCCAAGGCAUCGGAGGAGACACUCACUUUGAUGAGGAAGAAAACUGGACCAUAGAUUCAUCAGCGUACAACCUGUUUUUCGUGGCGGCCCACGAGUUGGGACACGCCCUCGGUAUGUCCCAUUCCACAGACGCGGGCGCCCUGAUGUACCCCGUCUACUCGUACACGACCGGCUACCCGCUGUCAGAGGAUGACAUCGAAGGCAUUCAAGCUCUAUACGGCCCAAACCCAAACCAAAGAAAAGUGAAGCCCAAACCUGACACGCCAGACAAAUGUGACCCCAUGUUAACUUUUGAUGCCGUCACUGAGCUCAGAGGAGAAACCAUCAUCUUCAAAGACAGAUUCUACUGGCGUCUCCACCUUCAGAUGCCGGAGCCUGUGCAGACACUGAUCAAGUCCACGUGGCCCUCCAUCCCCAACAAGGUGGACGCAGCAUACGAGUACCCAGAGAAGGAUCUAGUCAUCAUAUUUAGCGGGAUCCGAAUGUGGGCUCUAAAUGGAUACAACCUCGUGGACGGUUACCCUAAGUACAUACACAAACUUGGUUUUCCCAAGAAAGUGAGAGAAAUAGAUGCGGCCGUGCACAUCGGAGACACCGGAAAAACGUUGUUCUUCGCUGAUGAGAAAUAUUGGAGCUAUGAUGAAGCAACAGGCACCAUGGACAGCGGCUACCCACGAUCCAUCGAGGAAGAUUUCCCCGGGAUGGGUGACGAGGUCGACGCAGCUGUUUAUCGCUACGGAUACUUGAAUUUCUUCCACGACCAAAUGCAGUACGAGUACAGCUACACCUACAGGAAGGUCAUUCGCAUCAUGAGGACCAACUCCUUUCUUAACUGCUGAUGAGGUGGCGUGCAGCUGUACUGUAAACAAAAUAUGCACAAGCGUAUAAUAAUAAUAUGCAGUUCAUUGAAUGAGCAGGGGACUGGAAACAUGCAGGACUGACCUGUUACAGUUAAAGUUAAGAGUUUAUUUUUAUUAGUGCUAGACGCCUGUUGUUCACACAGUCUCGUUUGUCGGACGCGGAAUUCUGGAAAAUUCCUCAGAAAUAUAUUUCCUUAGAUUAUUGCUAUUUAUUUCACAUAUCUAUAUUUGUACUACAAGACAUUUAACAGGU